UAAUAAAAAUUAUAUAAUAAUAAUAAUUAAUAAAUAGUUUUGUGCAAUAUGUUUUAUUUUAUUUAAUUUGCGGAUAGUGCGUUAGAUAUUAAGUGCCUUUUAGUGCUGUGAAUUAUCACUUUUAUUUGCAGAAAAUAUGUUGAAGAAUGUUGUGAUUUUGGCAAUAUUGGCAGCGGGUUUUCACAGAAGCCAUGCACUAUGGGAUCCUCCUCGGAUAUAUCCAGUAGAGGAAGAAUUAACUUUAGAACCAGAUGAAGAUUUAACAUUGCAUUGCGAGGGCAAUAAACCUGUACAAUGGAUAAUUCCUUCUUUGCCUAGUCAUGUCACUCGUGAAGAAACCAGCACAAUAAAUAUGAAGUCCACAAAUUCCACUCCGGACAAAGACUAUCCUUAUGGAAUCGAAUUAAAUAUAAUAAGAGUCUCACAUACCGAUGUUGGGUUUUACAUAUGUGUCUUCAACGAUUCAUAUCCUUUGUAUAAUGAGGGAGCAGCUGAUGAAUUAAUAGAAAUCGGAGCAGCUUCUUCAAUUUAUAUUUAUGUCAAAGACACAGAACAUUUGUAUGUGCCAUUAGAUUACGUCAUAUCAGCUAAUCAACUGGACGAAGUUACAAUCCCCUGCAGACCUAGCUUUCUUGAUGUAGAAGUAACGCUCUAUAAAGAUGAGGAGAAGAUCGAUGGAACAUUUGAUCCUAAAACUGGAAUUUCCUUUUAUGCAAAUGAUAUAACCGACUCCGGAAUGUAUGAAUGCAUAUUUCAAAACAAGAAAACAGAUUAUAACGAAUCAACAAUCAUUAACUUGUUCGUGAAUUCACGUACAGAAUCAGUGGCCAAACCAGUGGUGACCCAAGAAGGGUCCAAUUCGGGGCAUGCUAUAGAAGGAACAAGCCUGGUUCUCCAAUGUCGGGUUAACCUCACAGUGCUUGGUGUUUUAUUUAAAUUAACUUGGACUACUCCCAACAUAACAACUACUGAGAGGACAACACAAUCCGAGACUAAACAACAUAAAAUCAACAAUGUUCUUCAUGGAGAAUCAACUUUGACAGUUUCUAAUGUAACUACGUACGAUGAAGGCUAUUAUAAAUGCACUGUUUCCGACAACUCUGGGAAUAUGAAUCACGCUGAAAAGUUUAUUACAGUAUUCAAACCAAACACGUCAUUUAUAAAUUUGACAGAACCGACUGGGAGGAAACAGAUCGAAGCAAAAGUUGGUGACCCAUACAUCCAGUGGAAUAUUAAAAUUAAGGCUUUUCCUACGCCCAAAUUUAUGAUCCAAAGGGCCGCGAAAUAGAAGCGAGUUGGGGCAAACCAAACACUCAUUACCAGAUCCGCAAUACUCAAACUUCUAGUCUUUUCAAAAUAAAUAAUGCCCAAAUUGAAGAUGCAGGAACAUAUCAAUUACGAGCCAUGACCGUUGAUACAGAAGCUUCUAUAAAUAUUACUCUUGUUGUUAAAGUUCAUCCCGAAGUGUAUUUUGCCGAAAAGAGUACACAUUAUUAUUUUGUCAAUGAAAUUGCUACGAUUGAAUGUUAUGUUACCGGAUACCCACUGCCUAAUGUAAAUUGGAAAUUUCAAUCCUGUCCAAAUUAUCCUAAAUGUGAAAAUGAAGCUGUAUCCUUACCUAGCGAAUGGUAUAAAACGACGCAUUCAUCAGUUUAUGUUAUGACGAGCGUAUUAAGAAUAAAUGCGACUACGCCCGGUCAUUUAUACUGUAUUGGAUCUAAUGAACUCGGAACAAGAAACAUGUCUGAGAAUUUUUUCAUCACUGAUAUACUAAAUGGAUUUUCCAUUUGGCCGGCAUCGCCUCAUCAACUUAUAAAGGAGAGCAGGGUAGAUGCAGCGGUAGGGGACAGCUUGACAUUAAUUUGUGGUGCUAGUAUUUUUAAUUACACUGAUGACUUAUCCUGGGUUUAUAUGCAUAAUGAGCAGAACUCGUAUCUUGAGAAUAACGCUGAAAUGUUUACAAGCAGAAACUACACAAAAUAUUCAUACCGAACCUAUUUUAAUUUUCAUUCAAUUAAAAAGGAGCAUUCAGGAGAAUAUGGUUGCCGUGCAAACAAAGUCAAUUCCGAUCUUUUCGAUGACGCUUACAUAUCAGUUAGAGUGAAUGACCUGGAAGCUCCUUCAAUUCAUACGACGAAUAUGAACAAUAGUGACAUUAAUACCAACCUUGGUGUUCCUUUGACUUUAUAUUGCGAAGCCAGCGGUGUUCCGACUCCAGUCAUAAAAUGGUAUAAGAAUGAUGUCAAAAUUGAACCUCUUUUCAAUGAUUCCAAGAUCACCAUUGAACAAGAAGGAUCGCUGUUGCGAUUGCGUUACAUUGAGUUGCAAGAUGAAGGAUUAUAUUCUUGUGUGGCCGAAAAUAAAAUUCAAGUUGAUCGGAGAACUACACGCGUUAUAUUAGCAAAUAAACCUGGUUUGCAUUAUGCGAUUAUAACUUCGUUAAUUAUUGUUGCAAUCAUAUUUAUAGUCUGCAUUGUAUAUUUAUCUUUGAAAGUAAAGCAAGAAAGGAAUUUGCGUAAAGAAUUAGCGCAGAUUGGUUUAUCACAUUUCGAAGAUGGAAAUAUGGAGUCUGUCAAUCCUGAUUUGACCGUCGAUGAACAAGCGGAUCUUCUUCCAUACGACAGAAAGUGGGAGUUUCCACGUGAAAAGCUCAAAUUAGGAAAACAAUUAGGUUCAGGUGCUUUCGGCGUGGUUGUGAAAGCUGAAGCCCAAGGAAUAUGCGAAGGCGAAGAUAAAACAACAGUUGCAGUUAAGAUGGUUAAAAGAACAGCAGAUCCAGCAUUUAUCAGAGCUCUUGCUUCUGAACUUAAAGUUAUGGUACAUCUUGGAAAACAUCUCAAUGUCGUUAAUUUGCUUGGGGCCUGCACGAAAAACGUCGCCAAACGUGAAUUGCUGGUGAUUGUUGAAUUCUGCAGGUUCGGUAAUGUCCAUAAUUAUCUGCUGCGACAUAGGAGUUCUUUUAUAGAUCAGAUUGACCGGAAAACAAACCGCCUGGAUCCUACGAUAGGUCAAGAUUUACUUCAACGUGCUGGCAGUAUGAGCAGCAGCUGCGACUUCACAAUGUACGGCAGUGCCGGCGGAACAGCAACGGGUGAUUCGGACAAUAGUGGCUAUUUGCCCCCCAUCAGUGGGGGACCAAAUACCGCUACCACUGCCGUCACUUUAUUAUCCGUCACGCAAACAGGAGAAGAACCUUUGAUGAGUAAUGGUAGUGUCCAGCCAGACUGGAGAUCGAACUAUCGAGGGGAUUAUCGUGAACAGUGUGUGAAACCAGUAUGUACACAAGAUCUGUUAUGUUGGAGUUUCCAAGUAGCCAGGGGCAUGGAAUAUCUCGCAUCCAGAAAGGUUUUGCAUGGAGAUUUAGCGGCUCGUAAUAUUUUGUUAUCCGAAGAUAAUAUAGUCAAAAUCUGUGACUUUGGCCUCGCGCGAAGCAUGUAUAAAGAUGAUAAUUAUCAAAAGAAAGGAGAAGGUCCAUUGCCGGUAAAAUGGAUGGCAAUAGAAUCAAUAAGGGAUCGGGUCUUUAGCACACAGUCUGAUAUUUGGUCGUUUGGAGUUACUAUGUGGGAAUUGUUCUCUUUAGCUCUUACACCGUAUCCUGGAAUGGAAGCCAAUGAAAAAUUAUACUUGCGGCUUAUUGAAGGAUAUCGUAUGGAGCGGCCACAAUUUGCAAAUGAAGAAAUUUACCAAACAAUGCUGGAUUGUUGGAAUGCAACACCAACAAGUAGACCUAGUUUUACGGAUUUAACAGCAAGGCUUGGAACUAUGCUUGAAGAUACCGUCAGAAUUCAUUACGUGGACCUGAACGAGCCGUUUUUGACUAUGAAUAACGCUGAACUUGAGACAGGAGGGGACUACUUGGCCAUGAUGUCCUCUCCUGAUAUCACGCAAUUACAAUCUCCAGCAGCUACCAGCCUGAAUUACAUCAAUGACCCACAAAUUGGCGGCGUGGAUGGCGGCAAUAAUUAUUUAUGUAUGAGCCCAACACAAACGAAGGAAGGACGAAAUGAUGGUACUAAUUUUCAGUUUCCAUUAGCAAGUAGCAUUGAAAAUUCUAAUCAGCUUCGAGGAGAAAUGACACCAAUGUUACUUAACACUUCAAGUUCUGAUGUGGAACCCAGUAGUCCGGCAUUGAGCAGGGUAAAAAAUGAUAUUUCCAAUUCCGUCGAAAAUCCUACUUACCAUAAUUUUUUUGAUAAGGCAUGGGCAGCAAAUAGUUUUGCGCCAACUUCUACUUAUAUUAAUAUAACGCCUAGCAAGAACACGGUUGAAAAUUCUAGUAGAAUUUAAAAUUGUUCAUAAUGAUGGUACUUUAGUAUCUUUUAGAAGCUUGAGCUUCGAUAUUUGAACAUAAGUUUGAGAUUAGGAGGCAGCAUUUUAAUGUAAUAAAUGCAGUACUUAUUC